GGCUGGAGACCUCAGUCAGCUCCUCCCUGCCUCUGGCUUCCCCUCCACCUCCCCUUGCCUGGCUCAGCAAGAGCCCCUCUGGGGACACUUGGCCUUUCUUGUGACUAGGGUAAAUAUUACCUGACACUGUUAAUAUUUAAUGCCCCCCACCUCUGCCCUGGCCGCCCCACGGCAGACACUAUCCCGGUAGUAGAGGCCACAGGAAGACCGUCGUGGAGAAACCCCGAUGGCUGGGGAAAUGAUAGAGCUGUCAACUAACAAUGGUGGCAGUGCCAAGGGGACAGAGAAUCCCUUCGAGUAUGACUAUGAAACCGUCCGCAAAGGAGGCCUGAUCUUCGCGGGCCUGGCCUUCGUCGUUGGACUCCUCAUCCUCCUCAGCAAAAAGUUCCGUUGUGGGGGCAGUAAAAAGCAUAGGCAAGUCAAUGAAGAUGAACUGUGACAGAAGAGCCGGCAGUGCCCACUGGGGCAUGGGCACCAGAGAUACCCAUCUUCCCCAACUGCGCACCACGGAUCCCACCAGUGUCAGCACGGGCUGAAGGAAGUGCCAGGCCUACUGGGAACCCCCUCAUGGUCAUCCCCUCAUGCCUCCAGAUGUUUAACUUCCUCUCUCCCUCCUCCAACUUCUCUAACACCCCAUUUCCUAUUCCAAGUUGGGAUACAUGUGCAGCCUCAUCUUCCUGGUUUUCAAAUGAAUUGCUCUGUAAGCAUCUGCCAAUGAA